AUGAGAACUCACACUGGUGAGAAACCGUUCAGCUGCUCAGUGUGUGAUAAAAGCUUCAAUCAUAAGAGUGCUCUGCAGACACAUGAGAAGUCAUACUGGUGAGAAACCAUUCAGCUGCUCAGUUUGCGAUAAAAGCUUUGGAUAUAGGAGUACUCUGCAGUCACACAUGAGAACUCACACAGGUGAGAAACCAUUCAGCUGCUCAGUGUGUAGUAAAAGCUUUAGUGUUAAGACUAAUCUGCGGUUACACAUGAGAAUUCACACUGGUGAGAAACCGUUCAGCUGCUCAAUGUGUGAUAAAAGCUUUGGACAAAAGAGUCAUCUGCAGUUACACAUGAGAAGUCACACGGGUGAGAAACCAUUCAGCUGCUCAGUGUGUAGUAAAAGCUUUACUGUAAAGACUAAUCUGCGGUUACACAUGAGAAUUCACACUGGUGAGAAACCAUUCAGCUGCUCAGUGUGUGAUAAAAGCUUUGGACAUAAGAGUAAUCUGCAGUUGCACAUGAGAACUCACACAGGUGAGAAAACAUUCAGCUGCUCAGGGUGUCAUAAAAGCUUCCAUUUAAAGCGUAUUCUGCAGUUACACAUGAGAACUCACACUGGUGAGAAACCUUUCAGCUGCUCAGUAUGCCAACAAAACUUCGUUAAAAAGAGUACUCUAGAGGAGCACAUGACAACUCACACAUUCAGCUCAGUCUGCAGUUAAAGCUUCUGUAUUAAAAGUGCUAUGCAGAGACACAUGAGAACUCACACAAGAGAGCAGCAGGAAAUUAAGAAUCCUGUUCAGCUAUUACAGACUAGAAACUAGACAUCAGAGAUGCACUAUGACAUCAGAACAACAGUGUCUGGCGGCUAGGUCUGUAACUAUUCUGAAUCAGAGUGAGUGAUAACAAUGUGACAAUGGAAAACAACUUUCCCCUGCCCGGCUUACAGGAUCGCUGGCUAACAACUCAGCAAGGGUUUACUAAUUCCUCCAGGAACCACUACACCACUGAACAUAGUGGGCAUAAAUAGCUGCACACAGUUUAACUGUGUUCAUGACUAAGCACUGGACUGCUUAACUUUUGUAAAUGUAAUGUAUUGAUCUUGUUUUAUUAUUGUGAUUUUGUUAUGGUUUAUGUUAGGUUACUGUGUUACUCAUGUUCUACACUGCUAUGGUGAUUUUAGUUAAAUGUUAUGUUCCACACAGAAACAGUCUCUGUCCAACUACAUCACCUCGGCUUUAACUUGCCACUGUUCAUAUAAGAUCACCUCAGCCUUUAACACAACCACACACAGCAGAGAG